AUGGAUGCGAAUGAGAAAAUCAUGGCUCAAUGGCAUCAUAGCACUCUUCCGAUGGCCUAUGCCAUUUGCCACGGCAAUGGUGUUUGGAGACCAAGACUAAAAGGGUUUCUCGCCUUUCUGGUGGUGUUCAUUGCGUGUGUUUCACCUUGCGUAGCCCAGAAUGCGGAGGACACAGCAGUCGAAGAUGAGGCCAUCGACUUCAGCAUUGCCAACGAAGGUUCUGUGACCAGCACUGAAGAGGUCGUCAGCGGAGUGCUCCUAAUCUACGGGGAGAUUGACACCGACUUCUUGAGUUCAGGCGAUAUAGAUAUCGUAAUCAAGGAGACCUUGGGAAAGGUUUGCAAGAAUUUUGACAAACCGACCGGGGCACCAACUCUCACGAAGAUGUUUGUGGAUGUGCGAACCGUUGGGCAACGGCGCAUAGGCAUGAACUACAGCUGGCAGAUCCUUCCUCCUUUAGAAGCUGGAAAGGAUUGCAUCAACCGCUUGGCCAUGGUGGGCUUCGGCCCCAAGGAGCCGCCCUUCGACAAGUAUCCUGCACCGCCCCUGAGGCAGUUGCUGACGCAGGAGCUCAAAGCACAUCCCCCCACCAGGCUUUUGAACACCACGGCCUGGACCAUUAGCAUCCAGAACAUGUCUUGCGAUGAGCGGAAGGUCAUCAAGCACUGGAACCACUCGCGCAGCAUCGACGUUUUUCCCACGGAAGAGCCAGAAUGUCUUGGCUCAGACAGUAUCACGUGGCAGCCCAAUUUAGAAGGCGAGUUUGACGUUGCAGAGGUGGGAAGCUGCAAUACUGCUGGCUCCAAUGCUUGCGUUUGUGCGGCUUUGCCCAGCUGCGAGUGGGUCCCAGGAGUUAACGGCAUUGCCACCUGUGUCCAUACAGCGCUACCAGGUGUUCCAUGUGAGGCUUGCGCGUUGCAGGACCGAUGUGUCAUAACGCCUGCGAAGUUGUGCGCCUCAAAAUCCGCUCCUUGCGCUUGCGUCCUGGCACAGGGAGGAUGUAAUUGGAACAUGGAAAAGGGCAUUUGCGAGCUGAAUCCCACUGGGGGAACGGCAUGCAUUGCCUGUCCGCGACAAUACUUCUGCAGCACUCCAAAAAUCCGAGCCAAGAGCCCUCAGAACCUGGCUAUCAUGGGAUCGGAGGAAGUUGGUUGGCUGAUCAACAUGUCCUUCGACAGGGAGAUGGAGUUUAUGCACAUAGGAAUUGGUUCUGGUGUCCUCCUUCAGUGCCGCCCUGUGCGACCGGGAGAUUGGCCUCCCACCUUCGAAGUGGAGUACAGAAACCUGGAGAUCGAUCGCACCAUGUUGCACAUCAACGUCUUCGGACUGCCCAACGACGAAAACAGAGACUGCGAUGUGGUCAUCACGGACACGGCAGUCCGUGGUGUGGAUGCCUUGUUGCCCUUCAAUGGCCUUCCGGACAAUGAGAUGUUCGUCACGUUGCCGGAUGGCAUCCCACCUCAGGUGAAUUCCUUUAUGCCUGGAAACAGUGCUGUAUCAGUGCCCAUUGAUCCGAUCGUCCGUUUCUUCUUUGAUGAAACGAUCAAAUUCUGGAGAGAGAGCAACAUUGGGGUCUACACCUUGGGAGGAAAUCAAAGCGAUCGAGAAGCCGACAAGCUGAUUGCUGAACUCAGUAUUUGGAGUGCAGCGGUCACAAUCGAUCAAGAUACGUUGAUCGUGGAUCUCACUGGAAUCUUGAGCACAUCUACGUACUACUCCGUCACCAUUCCCAUUGGAGCUGUGAGUGACCUGUCCAACAAUCCCUUCCCAGGCAUCGCCCGCGGUGUCUACAUGUUCCAAACUGGAGCUGACGAGCGGGUGGAAGUGUUGCGAGAUACCACGGAAGAUGAUACCCUGAUGCACACCAUCAUCAUUAUCGUGGCAGGGUGUUUGGUUGGCAUCGUGGCUCUGGCAGCUGCCUAUAUGGCUUGCGACAAAGUACACAAGGUGCGCCGGAGGGCUCGAGUUGUGGCUCGCAAAGAGACCAUGGAGAUGAGCAUCGAGAAGGUGGACAUUGAGAAGCCACAGCUGCCCAAGUUGAACCAUGAUCUAGAUGAUGAUGACGGUUGGCCCAUGGAGCAUAUGCUAUCAUCUCCGGCGUCUCCCGCGUCUCCGUCCUCACAGACUCCCACGGCGGGGUCCAUUCGUCGCGCCAGCUCUGAGAAGAUCAAGGUUCCCAGAUCACCCACGUCGCGGCCCAAUGUCCAGGUCUUCUCAAAGCCUGAAGAACUCAAGACUCAGGUGCACACCCAGCUUCGCAAUGCUGGCACCGUUGUGAGCCUGGCUGACUAUCACAACAAGAGCUCUCAAAUGAUGCGGACCAUCGGUGGAAAGGCUGAUGACCGAAAGCGUCGCCUCUUGGUGUUGGAAGUGAUGUGA